CGCCUUACAAAGACAUAUCCUAAACUUAGCACAGUGCUGCAUCGAUAUGCAAAUGAUUGGAAAUGCUGGAAACGCGGAACGUUUCUAUUGCUGUACCAUGAGGUAAGCACACCGUACACUGGCUAACUAACUCCCUGCUGACAGGUUGAGUUCUCCGAGUCGGACUUGGCGUCCUUCAAGUUGCGCCUGGAUCGUACUAAACAUAUUUCUUCGCGAGAACGUGCAUGAUGACACCAGAUUGCAGAUUUGCGUGCGGUGCAUGGAGUGAAGGCUUCUCUUAUAUCAACCUGCAGUGAAGUCGCUUCUUUGACAUAAUUUAGUAUGAGUGCUGUAAGUUCGUGGCAAGCAACUCAACUUGAAGCUGACGCGCUCUUGCAGCUAAACUACUGUUAUGUUGCACUAGUAUCGUUUUGGUUGUAUGACUACAUACUGUGCAUGUCCGAUGCGGUCACUUUUAUCGCCGAGUCUCGAUGGGGGAUCGGCACAUUUCUGUAUCUAGCUUGCAGCCACUUGCCCUUUGCCUACCUGUCACUGAACAUGCUCGUGGUUUUUCAGCCUGAUGCCCCUUUCCCUCUUUGCCGUUCUUAUAUCAUCGCUGAUAUCUAUGUAGGGUUACCGAUAAUGAUUUGCGCUGAGUGCAUCUUCCUACUCAGGGCAUAUGCAGUAUGGGAACGGGAGAGAUUGCCUGCGGUGUUCGCAAUCGUGAGCAUCAUUGCCUAUUUAGUGCCAAUCAUCGUCUGCCUACAAGAAUUUACCUCGUCAGUCUCCGGAGAAUGCUGGAUCCCUGGCGUUAUCGGAUAUCUGGAUAAGGAGACAAGUACUAGAGUAUAUGUGGUGUACGGCUUGCUAGCUGUUGCCGAGUUACAUGUCUUGUUGUUUCUACUGUAUCGCAUCGCCAAUGGUUAUGGCGGCUGGGGGAUCGACAACCGUCUCACACGGCAUCUCAUGCUACACAAUCUGUUGUAUUGUGGCUGCGGAUUUGCCUUUUCUCUCAGCGUUGUUCUCACCACAAUUUUUCUCCCGUUUCCAGUUGCACACGUAGUUACAGAGUUUCAGGUCGUUGUUCAAACCGUCUUGGUCACGCGAAUGCACAGGGUCUUCUGGAGAUCGGACCGCGUCUCUUGUGGUAUUAACACAGAUACCUCUCUCACAACGUGGAUGGCAGCAACCCCAGAUGUUAUUUGACGAGACAAUCCUGCUUGGAAUCCUCUAAAUCUAUGCGACCAUUGCGCAGACUCUCAUGCAGGCGAGGGUCAAAGAUGGAUGACGGACGGACAAAUUAAUAGGUCGGGUCCAUGUACCCACUCACCCACUCUUCCACUUGGAUUUUUUUUUUCAACGUUGUUUAUAAAUCUUUUUGUGGAAGAGAAGCAGUAGAGAGACGCAAUUCAUAUACCUCAACGUACGAUGCAGUACAUGAGCACGUAGCUCCUCAAAGGAAGUCAACUCAGAUUGACGGUACUGGCUUACGCAAGCUGGCAUCGCCACCAUACCACGCGAACUAAUCUUCAAGAUUAUUUUCUUGUGAACGCUGUAACUUGACCCC